GUGGCUCCUCCGCUCACAUCCGCUCGACUCGCUAUCCGUGCUGGAAAAAGGACUUUGAGAAACUGCAGCGAUGUCAGUCCAGGUUGUGGCAGCGAAAAUGGCAGAGGUCGAACUCAAAGACGUCCCCGCCAGCAAAGACUUGCCGGCUGAAUCCCCGGUGACACCCACGUCGGAGGGCAAGAACCUCAUCAGAAGCGACCCGCACGAGGCCGGUUCCUCGGCUGCCGCGUCCCCUACCGCGGAGCCUUCCGCGAAAGCCGGGGAAGGAGGCACGGGCUUGCUCACCCCGAACCCGGUGAAGAUGCCUCAAGCGUCGUCUAUGAAGCGCUCGGACCCGCAGCACAACGGCGGCGAGGCUUUUGUCAACCGGGACGGAACCGUCGCCGAAGCUCCGCGCAUGAAAAAGAUCCAGUUUGCAGACCAGAAACAGGAGUUCAACAAGCGUCCCUCCAAGAUCGGACGGCGCUCUCUGUCCCGCUCCAUCUCCCAGUCCUCCACAGAUAGCUACAGCUCAGCGGCGUCAUACACGGACAGUUCUGACGAUGAGACGUCUCCUCGAGAGAAACAACAGAAAAACUCUAAGGGCAACGGCGACUUCUGCAUCAAAAACAUCAAACAGGCUGACUUCGGACGCAGAGAGAUUGAGAUUGCUGAGCAAGAGAUGCCAGCGCUGAUGGCUCUGAGGAAGCGAGCCCAGGGGGAAAAACCCCUCGCUGGUGCCAAGAUUGUGGGCUGCACCCACAUCACUGCCCAGACUGCUGUGCUGAUGGAGACUCUGUCAGCUUUGGGGGCUCAGUGCAGAUGGGCAGCAUGCAACAUCUACUCCACCCAGAAUGAAGUGGCAGCUGCCCUGGCAGAGGGAGGUUUCAGUGUAUUUGCGUGGAAGGGUGAAUCAGAGGACGACUUCUGGUGGUGCAUCGACCGCUGUGUCAAUGUGGAAGGCUGGCAACCCAACAUGAUCUUGGAUGACGGUGGUGACCUGACUCACUGGAUUUAUAAAAAAUAUCCCAGCAUGUUCAAGAAAAUCAAGGGCAUAGUAGAGGAGAGUGUUACCGGCGUGCACAGGUUAUAUCAACUGUCCAAGGCCGGGAAGCUGUGCGUUCCAGCCAUGAAUGUCAACGACUCAGUCACCAAGCAGAAGUUUGACAACCUGUACUGCUGCAGAGAAUCCAUCUUAGAUGGCCUGAAGAGGACCACUGAUGUCAUGUUUGGAGGCAAACAGGUGGUGGUGUGUGGAUAUGGAGAGGUUGGAAAAGGCUGCUGCGCCGCGCUCAAAGCAAUGGGCUCCAUCGUUUACGUCACAGAGAUCGACCCCAUCUGUGCCUUGCAGGCCUGCAUGGAUGGCUUCAGGCUGGUGAAACUCAACGAAGUCAUCAGACAGGUGGACAUCGUCAUUACCUGCACAGGAAACAAGAACGUGGUGGUGAGAGAGAACCUCGACCGCAUGAAGAACGGCUGCAUCGUCUGCAACAUGGGACACUCGAACACUGAGAUCGAUGUGGCAAGCCUGCGGACUCCUGAACUCACCUGGGAGAGAGUGCGCUCUCAGGUGGACCACGUAAUCUGGCCUGAUGGCAAGAGGAUAGUCCUGCUGGCAGAGGGUCGUCUGCUGAACCUCAGCUGUUCCACUGUGCCCACUUUUGUGCUCUCUAUCACUGCCACUACCCAGGCACUGGCACUGAUAGAGCUGUACAAUGCCCCCGAAGGACGCUACAAGCAGGAUGUUUACCUACUGCCCAAGAAGAUGGAUGAGUAUGUGGCCAGCCUGCAUCUCCCAACAUUUGAUGCACACCUUACAGAGCUGACUGACGAGCAGGCCAAGUACUUGGGCUUAAACAAGAACGGUCCCUUCAAGCCAAACUACUAUAGGUAUUAGCCAAGUGUUGGGGAAAGGAGAACUCCAAGAAUUGUCCUGAUGGAGGAGGACAGGAGGGAGGAUGGACACAACAGUCAACACACCUGCUUUAUAUGUGAUUGAGAGGGGCCGGGGUUUCGGCCAAGCCUGGGG